AGAGAGAAGGAUUACAGAGAAAGAGAGAGAGAGAGAGAGAGAGAGAAACAGAGAGAGACUAAAAGAGAGAGAAAUAAAUAGUAUAGUGAUAAACAUAGAUACAGACAGAUAGUGUGUGAGAGAAAGUAUGAAGGAGAGAUACAAGGGAGAGAAAUAGAGAGAGAUGAACUGAGUAAGAAAGAAACUGAGUGAGAGAGAGACAGGGAGAGAUAGAAACAGAGAGACAGUGACUGAAAGAGAGAGAACCCGUAAGUACGAGAGAAAGAGAGAAACACUAAGCAAGAGAGAGGACUGAGUGAGAGAGAUACAGAGUGGACAGAGAUAGAUACAGAGAGAGAAACAGUGAGUAAGAGAGAGAAAGAAAGAGAGUAAAAAAGAAAUAAGAGAUAACUGAAAGAGAGAAUGAGUGAGAGAGUGAGAAAGAUAGAGAUAGUGAGAGAGACAGAGUGAAAGAAGAGAGAGAUGAACUGAAAGAGAGAUAGAGAUACAGAGAGAGAUACAGCGAGAGAGAGAAAAGGAGAGUGAGUAAGGGAGAGAGAGAGAGAGAAACACUGAGUGAGUGAGAGAGAGAGAGAGUGAGGGAGAGAUAGAGCGCGCGCUGGUGCUGGUGGUGUGGGAGAGUGAGUUUAACGCAGCGCUUGGAACUGAAGUUGGCUGAGGGGUCGGAUGUAUUCUGAACAUGUCUGUUCUCGGCGGUUCUCUGUGUUCAGCUCCUCUAACCCGGGUUUAUUAGCCUCUCCUGCGGGGAAAAGUUGAAGAUGGACGCGCUGACUCUGCUCCUCGUGCGGUUCCUCGCGCUGUUUCUCGGAGGGAAGCAGGUGGUGAGGGCGAUGCUGAGUGACAUUGGUGACUAUGUAGGUACAGACAUUGAGAUUUCCUGGUUGCCUAAUCUGGAUGACUUAAUGAAAGGCUAUGCUCGAAACUUUCGGCCGGGGAUAGGAGGACCUCCAGUGAAUGUGGCCAUGGCUAUUGAAGUAGCUAGCAUUGACCAUAUCUCAGAAGCCAACAUGGAGUACACUAUGACAGUGUUCCUGCGUCAGAGUUGGCGAGACGACCGUCUGUCCUACAACCAUACGAACAAGACCCUGGGGCUGGACAGCCGCUUUGUAGAUAAACUCUGGCUACCGGACACAUUCAUCGUCAACGCCAAGUCAGCCUGGUUCCAUGACGUCACGGUGGAAAACAAGCUCAUACGCUUGCAACCUGAUGGGGUCAUCCUCUACAGCAGCCGAAUCACGUCCACAGUAGCCUGUGACAUGGACCUGACCAAGUACCCCAUGGACGAACAGGAAUGCAUGCUGGACCUGGAGAGCUAUGGAUACUCUUCAGAGGACAUUGUAUAUCACUGGUCAGAGAGUCAGAAAUACAUCCACGGCCUGGACAAACUGGAGCUGUCCCAGUUCACUAUUACAGACUACCGCUUCGUCACCGAGAUUAUGAACUUCAAAUCAGCUGGAAGAUUUCCUCGUCUCAGCCUGCGUUUCGAGUUGAGGAGAAAUCGAGGAGUUUACAUCAUCCAGUCCUACAUGCCCUCCAUCCUGCUGGUAGCUAUGUCAUGGGUCUCUUUCUGGAUCAGCCAAUCAGCUGUCCCUGCAAGAGUGUCGCUAGGGAUCACCACAGUGCUCACCAUGACAACCCUGAUGGUCAGCGCUCGCUCCUCGCUGCCCCGCGCCUCCGCCAUAAAAGCCCUGGAUGUCUAUUUCUGGAUCUGCUAUGUGUUUGUGUUUGCUGCUCUGAUUGAGUACGCCUUCGCCCACUACAACGCCGACUACAGCAAGAAAGAGAAAGCCAAGGUCAAAGCAAACAAGAGUGCUGAGUCUAUGGUAAAGAACGGCAAGCAGGCCAUGGUCCUGUUCUCCCUGUCAGUAACGGGAAUGAACCAGGGUGUCCUGAUCUCCCGGCAGAACCGAGCGCAGCGCCCCUCGGAGACGCCGGCGGAGCCGCAGGACGAGGCGGAGACCCGCAGUGCCCGUGUGCGGCGAGCCGAGCGCGAGAGCAGCCAGGAGAAGAAGUGCUGCAAGUGCAAGCCCAUCGACGCCGACACCAUCGACAUCUACGCCCGCGCCGUCUUCCCUUUCACCUUCGCCGUGGUCAACGUCAUCUACUGGGUGGCUUACACCAUGUGACUUACAGAGGCCUCAGCACUGGAUGCAUGUAAAUAGAUCAGUAAAGCGAUGUGGUGCCAAAGCCAUGUGACCAUGGGGGAUUUAACAUUUUUAUGACACUGGAUUAACAGGAUGAUCAAACACUGGGACUGAUGGAAUGACUAGACUUUUAUGUAUAUUUAUAAAGCCAGACUGUCGUGUUGUUUUGGAGAGCUGAUCUUCAGCUGGACUCACUGAUGAGAAGCUGCAGAGAAGCUCAGUAUUCAGUCAGAGAAAAGGAGAAAAAAGAGGAAAUUAUGAGAAAGUGCCACAAGAACUGCUUUGUAUUGAGAACUUUGGACCUCGCUUUUGCACCCUCAACCUUUUUUUCAGUUGUUUUUCUUCAUGUGUUCCUAUAUUUUGUGUUGCAGUUGGUUCUGAACUCGCCUCUGCAGCAUCUGCCCCAGUGUCCUCAAAUUAGAAAUUUCAACACAUUUCAAGAGUGUGAUGAUCAAAUGAUUGACACACAGUGUUGCAUGACGGCUGUAGUAUGUUUUGUUUGUUAUUAACCCAUUUUAAUUCACAUCAGUUCCCAUUCUUUGGGUUUUUGAGUACAGAAUCUGUUUCUGAGGGUCUAAUUAUUAAUCAAUAACAAUUCAAGCAAAACUGAGCAAGUCUAUGUCUAUAAAUAUUAUGACCAUCUCCUUGUUUAUCUCCUAUACACACUGUCCACCUUAUCAGCUCCACUUACUGUUUAGGCACACUAGAGCUUAGAUCAGCCUCCAAAAAUCCAGCCCGACUCGACCUGAGCCCGGUCCGUCCCAUUAUCUGUCAUUAUGUCAUUAUAGACCGAUUUAAACCCUACAUUAAUUCAGUAAGUAGAGCUUUAAAACUGAUAUUUUAACAACAAUUAUGAGCUGUAGGUUUCUGUACUUUUUGAUUUCUGCCUCCAAAAGUUUCCAUUAUCUUGCCUGACUUCUGCCAGUAUCUUACCAGUAUCACAUCCCCACGAGGUGCCUAGUGCACCAAUUAAGCGACAUUUGAAGCUCUUAAUUAUAACAUUAUUAGCGUGAUUAUAUCUUUAUAACUUAUCAUUAUUACAAAGAUCACAGUGUGAUUUGUUGUAUUAAAAACAUAGGUCUAAGUUACAAAUACAUUUUAUGAGCCCAACCCUACAGAGCCAAAGGAAAGUGGUGGGAAUUCUCAGCCCCAGUUCGAGUUCAGGCGCUCGAGUUUGGACAGAUAAUCUGAACUCUAAGGCACCGUGUAGUUGAAUGAUUACAGACUAUAAUCUGAAUAGUCUUCUAUUUCUCUGCAUACUUUAUAAUCCCUGUAUUUUCUCACUCUAUUUUAUCGGUCAGAACCUCACAGGAUAGACCACUACAAAUCAGAUAUUUUUAUUCUCUGCACUGCAGUGACGUUGACAUGAUAGUGGUUGUGAUAGUGGUGUUGGUACAAGUGGAUCAGAUACAGCAGUGCUGCUGGUGUUUUUAAACUCAUCAGUGUCACUGCUAGACUGAGAAUAGUCCACCAGAACUACAAGAAAAAUCCAGACAACAGCAUCCUGUGGGCAGUUUCCUGUGGGCAGCAUCCUGGCCAGCAUUCUGUAUGCAGUGUCCUGUGGCCAGCAUUCUGUAGGCAGUGUCUUGUGGGCAGUGUCCUGUGGGCAGCAUGCUGGCCAGCAUUCUGUAGGCAGUGUCCUGUGGGCAGCAUUCUGGGGCCAUCAUUCUGUAGGCAGUUUAUUGUGGGCAGUGUCCUGAGAGCAGCAUCCUGGCCAGCAUUCUGUGGGAAAUGUCCUGUGGGCUGCAUCCUGUGGAAAAUGUCUUGUAAGCAGCAUCCUGUGGGCAGUGUCCUGUGGGCAGUGUCCUAUAAGCUGCGUCCUGUGGACAGCAUUCUGUAACUACUGAUGAAGGACUAGAGUUUGACCAACACUGUAAACUGUGGAGCAACAGAUUCAGAUCUUCUGUCUCUGACUUUACUUUAUCUGUAAGGUGUUUCAGCUGAAGGCAGGAGUGUGUAAUAGAGUAGAGGAUAGUGAGAGAUUAAACACAGUGUUUAAAAACUCCAGCAGCACUGCUGUAUCUGAUCCACUAGCUGUACCAGCACAACACACACUAACACCUCAUGCACCACCAGCAUGCUGAUCAGAGCUUCUACAGACAAGGAGGUGUUCGUAAUAUUCUGGCUUGACUGUGUUGUCAUCUAAUUCGUAUUUUUUCUCUCACUUGAAAAUAAUGUUUUAAUGAAUUCCACUUUGGUGAAUGAAGAGCUAAAGACCACACGUUAAGUAAGGAACCUGUUGUGGUGUGAAUGUACUGAACCCGGAAGACCUUAGGCCUGUGUUCUAUCAGUGAACCAAGCCAUAUAAGAUACAUUAUGAUCAGUGUUAUGAAUAACCUCAACAACCUUAAUGCAUGUUAGUAUACACAAUACCUUCUACCUUAGAUAGCAUACUCUAGAUUUAUUCAUUUAUUUAUUAUAUGAAGAUUAAACACAAAGUAAUGAUAUAAGAAUUAAUUUAUUAGAACCCUAUCCCCUAUUACUUCCCCUCACUGAUAAACUUAGGUAUCUUACGUUGCUGCAAAAUUGCAGUGCUGUAACCCGUCUGUUAUCAUGCACAAAAUACUGCACCACACAAUGUAAAAGGGUGCGGGAGGGGUACUGAAAAUAUUUUUGGAAAAUUUAUUUAAAAAUAAAAAUUAAUGAUAUAAACAAUGGUCUGUUUUUAUGUUUAUUUUCCAAAUAAAGGUAUACAAGAUACAGCUUGACAAACUGAAGAUCAGUUUUGGUAUUAUUCACUCACUGAUCUGACUAUAGUUGUGAGGAAUAGGAAGAUGUUAUUGUGACAGUGAUGUGUGAUGCAAUAUUAUUAUACUUGUAUAUUUACUGUUUGAAAAAAUGAAUGAAUGAGGUUACAAUUAUAUAGCACCUUUCUAGAAACCCAAGGAUGCACAACCAUUUAUACUCAUCCACAUACCGGUGAGAAUCUGCAGCCAAUAGCACACAACCGGAAACCACAGUCCACCUGGAGGACUGCAACGACACUACACAUAUACAUAUGUAAAUAUAUAUAUAUUGAAGUAUAGCUAUACAAUAUCAUGCAAACGUUUGCACACACCAUAAGUCACAUUUUAAAAUGUUCUGUAUUGUAGAUUAAUACUAAAGUCAUUCAAACUAUAAAGAACAUCAUAUGAAAUUGUUUAUUAAACAAAAAAAUGGUAUCAUGCCAGAAUAUGUUUUAUUAUUUAUAUUUUUGAAAGUAGCACCUCUUGCUUAGGUAAGACUGUUAUUUACCAAUUUAAAUAUGGUUAAUAUUCCCAUGAGCACUGUUAUUUAUGACCCUUAUUAUGAAGUGUUACCAUGUAACUCGUGAAAUAAUGGUGGAUUGGCUAUACUAACAUGCUAAUAUUUACACUGGCACUUAAUUAAGAAAUCACAGGCUGUAUUGUGUAAUUAUGUCAGUGGACAUUAUACAGCACUAGAACUGAAAAAAAACUGCAUUAUUUUUAUCUGUUUUUUUCCCAGCUGCACUAAAUUUGUGAGUUCCAAAUAGAGUUUAGAUUCUCUUGCUGAGCCAAUAUAGUACAAUAUAGUGUAUUUUAAAUAAAUAGACUACAAUGAAGUAUACUUUUAGUUUAAUGUAAUUCAAUGUAAUUUUUAGCAAAUGUUUAAAAAAAAUAUUUAGUUAUUACAGUUAAAAUGUAUAUCAAUGCUCUUUAAUUAUAAUUAGGAAAAUAUAAAUAUAAGUAAAUGAUAGGAUACAUUGUUAAAUAACACAUUUAAAUGUCAAAUAAAAAUGUAAAGUUAAGGCUACAAAUUGUAGUACAGUAUAUUAAAAUAUAUUUUUAUACUCAACAAAACAUACUACAAGUGUUCUAGACACUAUUAUUUAACAUUAUUAUUUAACACUAAUUAUAUUUAACAUCAAUUCUUAGUACAUUUCUAAUAUACCUGGUGUAUAAUAGUGAUACUCAAUAAUGGUAUUGUAAUUUUACUUUAAGCAUAUGUAAAAUAUGGGGUUACAUACAUGAAGUAGUUUAAAUGUUUAAAUGUUAAUUAAGUAUUUUUAAAAUAGUUCCAUUUUAGUACAGUUAAGUACAGUUAGCACAAUUUAAGUAAGACUUUUCUACUAUUUUUAUACAGUUAAAGUAUAAUAAGUACAAAAAAAUAUUUUACUUAGCACUCUUUAAAUAUACUGAUUAAUAAUGUGGCCACUUGUACACUUUAGAGCACUAUAGCAUAAUAAUGCUUAGUAUACUUUAAUCUAGUUUUUUUUUCACUAGGGUCUUUUACAUUGCUCUGUUGAUUAGCGUCAUUCUAAACAGAUUUCACUCUUUCAAACAGCUAAGAAUUGUAGUUAAAAUUGACAGUUUUAACUACAGUCUACUUAUUAAAAUAAGUGUGAUGUUAAUAUUGGGCUCGGGCUCAUAAUGACAGUUUAUGUGGUGGGCCAGUUGGGCUCAGAUAGAACGUGCACAGGUUCGAGUAUGGGUCAGGCUGGAGUUUUGGGGCACAAUCGUAGCUUUAGUGUUAAACCACAGAGUGGAUUUUUUGUACCAUUAUACUACAAGAAUACACAGAUUUUCAAAAAUGCAAUACAUAAGCUGAAGUAAGGAAGAGGAGGAGCAACAGCAAAGGAACUGAAGAAACACUGAGAAACAGCAAAGCAUGGCGGUUGAGGUACAGCCUAAGCUUUUGUUUCUUAAGGCAUUUUUCCCUUUUAUAUUUUAAGUAGUUUUUAACCAGUAUUUUUAUUUUUUUUACUUUUACAGAGGUUUUUUAAACCCUAGUAUCUAUACCUAUAUAGAUACCUAUAUAGAGCCGUCUCUACUGAGACGGCUCUGUUGUCUGUGACAGAAGCGUUAAAAACUGCUAGAGCUGCAGGACAGUCCUCAGUGCUCAUUCUGCUGGACCUCUCGGCUGCUUUCGACACAGUCAACCAUGACUUCCUCCUAACUAUACUCUCGAACAUGGGGAUCUCAGACAAUGCGCUGUCAUGGUUCAGAUCGUACCUCACUGGGCGCUCGUUCAGGGUGUCAUGGCAAGGACGGCUGUCCCCAGCCCACUCGUUACCCACUGGGGUUCCCCAGGGUUCGGUACUACUCUUCUCUUCUCAAUAUACACCACCUCUCUAGGUCGGGUUAUCCGCUCACAUGUUUUUUCCUACCACUGCUUUGCUGACGACACUCAGCUAUACCUGUCGUUCUCACCAGAUGAUCACUCAAUCUCUGCACGAAUAUCACAGUGUCUCUCAGACAUAUCCGCAUGGAUGAAGGAACAUCACCUCCAACUAAACCUCUCAAAGACUGAACUUCUGGUCAUACCAGCAAAACCUUCUAUUCAACACAACUUUGCCAUAACCAUCGACUCUCUCUCUCUCUCACCGACAAAGGUUGCUAGGAACCUGGGUGUCAUGGUUGAUGACCAGCUUCUCUUCACGCACCAUGUGGCCUCAGUUGCUCGAUCCUGCCGCUUUGCGCUUUACAACAUCGGAAAAAUUCGACCGUUUCUGACACAACAGGCCACCCAACUCCUGGUACAAGCUGUGGUAAUCUCACGCCUCGACUACUGCAAUGCCCUGCUAACUGGCCUCCUGGCCUGUGUAGUAAAACCACUACAGAUGAUUCAGAAUGCAGCAGCACGUUUGGUCUUCAACCAACCAAAACGGACACAUGUCACCCCGCUGCUCAUUGAGCUCCAUUGGCUACCGGUUGAUGCUCGCAUCAAAUUCAAAACUCUUACAAUCGCCUACAAGGUGAUGACAGUACAGGCUCCUUCCUACCUGCACUCGCUCCUGAAGGCUUACGCUACCUCCCGGCCGCUGCGCUCCUCCAAUGAACGUCGCCUCGCUUUGCCAAACACUCACACAAAGCAAUCCAGACUGUUCUCAUACAGAGUUCCCCAAUGGUGGAACAAACUACCUUCCACUACCAGAUCAGGAGAAUCUCUCACUAUCUUUAAGAAACUCCUGAAGACAGAGCUCUUCAAAGAGCACUUACUCUCUUAACACCUCUAACAAACUAACUAAUUCUAACCUCAUCUCCUUCUUCCUCUUCUCUACUCCUCUAUCCCAUUAUUUCCCUCUGACCUCCUUAAGGCCCUAUCUAUAGAUGCUUUAUUUUUAACUUCUAUUAUUUUUGUACUUAACCUCUUUUAUUAUUUGCACUUCAAUAUUGUAAGUCGCUUUGGACAAAAGCAUCUGCCAAAUGUAAUGUAAUGUAACCUAUAUCUAUAUGAGUAAUAAAUGCGAUGAAUACUUUUCACA